UUUCCACACAAGUGGAUGAGAAAAUGGGAAGUUGAUAUCUUGUUUUCUUAGUGGAAAAUGUGCAUGAACAAGUCCAACUUCUGUCAAGUUUUGAGAAGUUCCGAUCGAAAUCCGGGGCCCUUCUAGCUACGUGGUGCUGCUAGUUGGUUUCCAAGACUCCUUACAUCCCAAACGUGUACAGAGGGCAGAUUCUUGUCAUCUUCAUGGUGUGGCUGAGCUAUUUUGAAGAUGUCAUGGCAACUACAAGUCUAUAACCACACAUUACUUUCCAAGCAGAUUUCAGUCUCUGUCAACAAACAAUCCUGCUUCUGAAAUCUUUUUCCAAAACAAUUACUACCUCUAAAUGCAUCUCUAAUCAUACAGGAACAUCCUUACAUUGUUUGUCUAGGCAUUGCCAAGAAAAUUCCAGCACAACCCGGCAGAGCCCACUUGUUUUCAGCUCCUACAUUACCCUCCUCAAUAUCAGAGCUACCCCAUUCGCAUUCUCGUUCUCUUUACCUCGAAAUUUCAGUUGGAAAAAGGGACCUGUACAGCGCAGCAAGAAAUAAUUUCAGCAUAGAUUUUAUCAUUUGGAUUUUGGAGGAGUACUCUGUGGUUUUGGUGAUUUAGCGUUUAUGGCUGGCGGUGUCGAUUUGAUUUGCUUGGUGUUUAUGUGGAGCUUGUGGAGUGCUGCUUGUAAUGGUGCAACAGACACUCUGAAACCAGGUGAAAGUCUAAAUUCUUCAAGCUUGUUAGUUUCUGCAAAUGGGAAGUUCACUAUGAAUUUUCGUGCUCAUGAGCUUGAUCCAAACCAUAGUUACUUAGUUAUAACGUGGAAUGGGAGUCAUAACUAUGCGUGGGUUGCGAAUAGAGAAGCAUCCAUUUUGUACCCUUCUGGAGCUCUUACAUUGGACAGGAACAACACAUUGAAGGUUACUCACAGAGAUGGGGAUGCCCUGGUGCUUUACUCUGCUGAUUCGGAGACUAUCGGUGGUGAUGCUGUGGCUACUCUUAUGGAUGAUGGGAAUUUUGUGCUGCAAGAAGUGAGCUCUGAUGGAUCGGAGAAGAGGGUUUUGUGGCAGAGUUUUGAUUAUCCUGGAGAUGUGCUUCUGCCAGGUAUGAAAUUAGGGGUUAACCGUAGUAGUGGCCGCAAUUGGUCACUGUCGUGCUGGUUUACUGAGAGAAGUGCGGUGCCAGGACCUUUCACUCUUGAAUGGGACCCUGACGGACACGACUUGAAAAUUAAGCGGCGUAGGGUGGUGUAUUGGAGUAGUGGAGUGUUUCGAGAUGGGAGUUUUGAAAAUAUUAAGGAGAAGAGGUAUAAGUUUAGCAUUGUUUCAAAGAAGAAUGAAGACUAUUUUAGUUACACUACUUUAGAUGAAAAUGCUGUAUCAGAGUGGCUGCUAACCACAAUAGGGCGACUAAAAGACUUUGAUGAAUCAAUUGAUAUUGCAAAAGCAGAUUCCUGUUAUGGGUAUAACACUGAAGGUGGAUGCCAGAUUUGGGACCAGCCAAAGUGUCGGCGUUCUAGUGCUGAAUUUGAGCAACAAAAUGGUUACUUUAAUCCAACAGGUGCUAGCGGCACUACUGCAACAUCAACAAGUGAUUCAAAUACAAGUCUCAGUAUUAGUGACUGUAAGGCUGCUUGUUGGGCAGAUUGUAACUGUAUUGGAUUCCUCUUUCUGUUUCCUAAUCAGACUGGAUGUCGGUAUUGGACUGGAAACUUGAAAUUCAUUGCAGACAGCAUAAGUUAUGAUUCAAAUGUUGUAUAUGUUUUAACAACAAAGUCAGUCGACAGCAGCGAUGCAUCACGUAAGUGGAUAUGGAUUGGUAUUGCACUUCUCGCUGUUCUUCUGGUAAUGGUGCUUUGUAGCAUGUGCUACCUACUACGAAGAAGAAAACUUGCAGGUGAGAACCAAAGAAAUGUCCAGGAUAUGCUGAACAUGAUAAACUCUAAUAGACCUACUAAUGCUAAUGGACUUCAAAAUGAUGGAAAGGGGGGACAUGAUUUAAGGGUAUUUAAGUAUCCAUCUAUCAUAGCCGCCACCUGCAACUUCUCUGAUGAAAAUAAGCUAGGAGAAGGCGGUUUUGGACCUGUUUAUAAGGGGAAAUUGGUGACCGGACAAGAAGUGGCAGUGAAGAGGCUUUCAAAACUUUCAGGACAGGGAAUAUCGGAGUUUAAGAAUGAGUUGAUACUUAUACAUGAACUCCAGCAUACAAACCUUGUUAAGCUCUUCGGAUUUUGCAUUCAUGGUGAAGAGAGGAUGUUGAUAUAUGAGUACAUGACGAACAAAAGCUUGGCCCACUUUUUAUUUGAUUCCACUAAAUGCCAGCAGCUAGAUUGGAACAAACGUUUCAACAUAAUUGAAGGAAUUGCUCAAGGUUUGGUUUACUUGCACAAAUAUUCCAGAAUGAGAGUAAUUCAUAGAGAUUUGAAGGCAAGUAAUGUUCUGCUUGAUGAAAGGAUGAAUCCCAAAAUUUCUGACUUUGGAAUGGCAAGGAUUUUCAUGAAUGAUGAACAAGAAGCAAAUACUAUGAAGAUUGUUGGGACACGUGGUUAUAUGUCCCCCGAGUAUGUUAUGGGGGGAAAUUUUUCCACAAAAUCGGAUGUCUAUAGUUUUGGAGUGUUAAUGCUUGAAAUCCUAAGUGGUAGGAGAAACAACAGCUUCUACAAUGAUGAUCGCGCCUUCAACUUAGUUGGUUAUGCAUGGGCGUUAUGGAAAGAAGGUGCAGGACUAGGAUUAAUGGAUCCGACACUUGGUGAUUCAUGUGAUGAACAUCAAUUGUUGAGGUGCAUCCAUGUUGGUCUGCUCUGCGUGGAGGAAAAUGCAGCUAGUCGACCCACGAUGUUAGAUGUGAUACCUAUGUUGACCAAUGAAAGCAUGUCUUUACCAGUUCCUACAAAACCAGCAUUCUGUACAGAAAGAAAUGUGAUCACAGAUGCUAUAGGUGGAAGCGGAUCGGAAACGGUUUCAUCUAUAAAUACUAUCUCCAAUUCUGGUUUUGAUGGGCGUUAAAGUUACACCCUUUCCCCUUGAGAAUAUAGGUGGUUAUGAGAUUCGAAGUUUGAUUUUCUGUCAAAAAGCACGAGAUCAUUUGAUAUUGCAAAAGCAGAUUACUGUUAUGGAUAUGACAGAGAUGGAGGGUCCCAGAUUUGGGACCAGCAGCCAACUAAGUGCUGGCGUUUUGGUGAUGUAUUUGAGCAAGACAAUGGUUACUUUAAUCCAACAGAUUCUAGUGGCUCUAAUGCAACAUCAACAAGUGAUUCAAAUAGAAGUCGCAGCAUUAGUGAUUGUAAGGCUGCUUGUUGGGCAGAUUGUGACCGUCUUGGAUUCAUUUUUCUGCUUGCUACCUAAUCGGACUGGAUGUCGAUUUUGGAAUGGAAAGUUAAAGUUCAUUCCAGCAAAAGUUGGUUACGGUUCUAGUGUUGUUUAUUUUUUAACAACAAAAUCAGCCAGCAGGAGCUGGAAGCAUUCUUGCUCUUGAGCCAAGAGCAAAAAAUCGUUCCACAAAUUUUUCACAUAACAUGACUUCACAUCCUUCAAUCAAAUGAGAACAUGUGCGCACCAACAGCAAAUAAGAACUUUGGCUUCCAUAAAAAGUAAACAACAAGCAAUGAAUCUUGGGAUAAAUAGAAGUUAACAGAAAUCAUGAUCAGUAAACUUACAUGUUUCACACAUCUAUAACCAGUUUAUUGUAACUCAUAUACUAGCCAUAUCUGAAAUCAGGGCUCUCUCCAGAAGCUAGUGUAUUAAAACUCAAUUUAUGUUUCAAUUGUUAGCCUCUACAGCACAUAAGUGGAUAUGGAUUGGUGCUGCUGGUCUAUUGGUAAUGGUGCUUUGCAUCCUCUGCUAUCUAUUAAGAAGAGAUCCUGCAACUCCAGACAAUUUCUCUGGAGAAAACAAGCUCGGAGAAGGGGGCUUUGGACCUGUUUAUAAGGGAUCAAUGCCGACAGGUCAAGAAAUAGCUGUAAAGACGCUUUCAAGUGGUUCGGUGCAAGGAGAAGUAGAGUUCAAGAAUGAACUGAUACUCAUAUCUGAACUCCAACAUAUUAAUCUUGUUCAGCUUUUUGGAUAUUGCAUUCAUGGAAUCAUGGUGAAGAGAGGAUGUUGAUAUACGAGUAUAUGGCAAACAAACUUACAAAAGUCUGGACUACAUUUUAUUUGUGGUUACAUGUCUUCUAGCUGAGUAUGCUAUGCAGGGAUUUUUUUCUGAAAAAUCAGAUGUCUUUAGUUUUGGAGUGUUGAUGCUCGAAAUCAUAAGUGGUAGGAAAAACAACAGCUUCCACACUGCUCAUCGUGCGCUCAAUUUAGUAGGAUAUGUAUAUCAUGCAAUUCUUAGUAAUACUUGUAUUGAUUUUGUUCUUUAUUUUCAUGUGAAAUGUAAAUAAAAUUAUGUAUCCUAAAUGGAUACGAUCUUGUUUCAAGCAUGGGAGUUAUGGCAAGAAGGUGCAGGACUAGAAUUGAUGGACGCAACUCUAAGUGAUUUAUGUGUACGUUGAAAAUCAACUAUUAAGAUGCAUCCAUGUUGGUCUACUAUGUGUUGAAGAGGAUCCAGGACUUCGGCCAACCAUGUCAGAUGCCAUAUCUAUGCUGACAAUUGAAAGCUUGCCUUUACCUAUACCAACAAGACCAGCAUCUUUUCCAGUAAGGAAUUCGGCUGGAGUAAAUAUAAGAGGAAAUGAAUCUGAAAAGAUUACAGAAAAUGGCUUGUCCGACUCCCUUAUUCUAGGACGGUGAAGGCGCCUAAUGUGUUAUGGAAGAAGGUGGCUAGCCAGCUAAUUUGCCCUGGUUGAGUUGGAUCAACUUGAGUUAGCUAAGGGAUUCUUUGUGCUUUGUGUUCUCUACGUAAAUAAAGUGUCAUACAUGUAUA